UUAUUUAUAGGAGGAGAAGCCAUUUGAGCUACAGCUAAGUGAAUGGACCGUUUGUACUAAAUGUGAGUCUUAUCGUCCACCACGGGCCCACCACUGCAAACACUGCAAUCGCUGUGUUCGUAGAAUGGAUCACCAUUGUCACUGGAUUAAUAAUUGUGUGGGCAUACAUAACUACAAAUUUUUCUUUUUAUUUGUCUGUUAUUCUGAGGUAUUAGUAAUAGGAGCUGGUCUGUCAUUAAUAUGGGACUGGAGACGACACAAGGAAGUACCUGAUGAUACCUUAGACAGAGUAUUAACAUUUGGUUUGUUCAUCAUUGAUGCUUUAUUUACUUUCUUUGUUAACGGAAUGCUAAUAUCACAAAUACUAGCAGUAUUGUGCAAUAGAACAUUUGUUGAAGUGAAGAGAUACGGUCGUCCUGUCGGUAAACCAAAGGAAUCUAAAAUGAGUUUAAUUACAGCAGUGUGUGGGCGUGGUCCAAUGUGGCUUUGGUGUCUACCUUUUACUAAAGCAAGAAUACCCGAUCCUGUCCCUCCCUCUGAUAUUGCUCUUAAUCAAUUUGUUGUUUAAUUUAUGGGUUAUAAUUUUAAAAGGA